AUAUUAGAGGAUUCCGCUCAUUUACUUCUUUAUUGAUAAGAGAUAUUGGCCAAACCUCGCAUUCACGUAAACAAGUUUUGUUUUUGAAAUUCAGACGAGUUUGUGAAGCGACGAAAAGUGUUUGCUCAACCACUGCUACCAAGCAGCGUACACAAACUAGUUUAAAGGUUUUGACUACGUGGUACGCCACUUUGAUUAAAUUAACCAAUCUUAUAAAAGUGUUUAAUUCGCCUACGUUCUAACACAUUUUAGUUGCUAAUCUCAAUUCUAUUAACUCUCGGUACACCUGUGAUUAUGCACAAAAGGCAAAGCUUCAAAAGCAAUCCGGACUGGGCACAACAAUUUACCACCGACCAAGUUAACAAAAUGCAGUUUAUCGCGCGACGUGUCGCUAUGAAUUUAACUAAAACCGUAUUGGCGUCGUCGUUGAAGACUCCGCUGCCCAGUAUUGCCGCUGCCGUCCAAAAAAGUUUACCCGACGCCCGUUUUUACUCCAUUUCUGAAGGCCCACAAAAACAAAAUCUGUUACGUUAUCCAGCAUUUCCACUAAAAGAUACCUUGGAAACAUUUUUAAAAACCGUCGAGCCGGUGAUCAAUGCUUGCGAACUUGUUGAAACUAAGGAAGCAAUCAAGAAGUUUGAGGCCGGUGAAGGCGCUGAAUUGCAAAAGCUGUUAGAAAAGGCAGCGAUAUGCGAAGAAAAUUGGUUAGCUAAGCGCUGGUUACGUGCAGCUUAUCUGCAAUACCGCGCGCCAGUUACCGUUUUUGUUAGCCCAGGCAUGACAUUUCCACCACAACGUUUUGAAAAUGAUGAAGACUUUCUAAAUUAUGCCGGCAAGGUUGUUUAUAGCAUGGCACGCUAUAAGCAAAUUAUUGAUGCCGGUGAAAUUCCUGUUUUGAAAAUGGGCAAGUAUGAGCUAGACAAUUCGCAAUUCGGCAAAGUUUAUGGCACGUGUCGUAUACCACAGAAGGUCGAAGAUGCACUGGAAUACAAUCCUAAAUCACUGCAUGUAGUGGUGUUGUACAAAAAUCAUUUUUACAAAGUACAAAUCUACAAUAAUAAUGGCGUGGCCUUGCAUCCGGAUAUAUUGGUGAAACAAUUCAAGACCAUUAUGGAAGCUGAAGCUAAAAAGGGUGUGGAAAUUGGCGUUUUAUCCACUGAUAACCGCGAUAAUUGGGCGCAAGCUUAUGAAGAGCUCCUGAAAAUCGAUGGUAACAAGGAACUGGUGAAAACUAUACAAAGUGCCUUAUUUACAGUAUCUUUGGAUGAGUGUUUCGAUGUUGCAGAUGACCAAUUUUUCAAUGAGUUAAGUGGCCAGUUAAUACAUGGCGGUGGAGUAAAGUUAAAUAGCGCCAAUCGUUGGAUGGAUAAAACAAUACAACUAAUACUGAAUCGCAAUGGCAUGAGCGGAUUUUGUUAUGAACACUCACCGGCUGAAGGUCAACCAAUUGCCAACAUCACCGACUAUGUAACCAACAAUUUAUGCAAUGAAAAACACUACGAACAGAGCGCUCGUGAUAACUAUCCUUGCCCCGAAAAGCUUAAAUUAAAAGCCAAUAAAACCUUGAAUCAGUAUAUUGAAAAAUCUAAGAAGAACCUCAAUGAAUUGGCGGAAAAUUUGCACGUAAAUGUUUUGCAUUUCAAGGACUAUGGCAAGGGUUUCUUGAAGAAACAAAAGCACAGCCCAGAUAGCUACAUACAAAUUGCACUACAAUAUGCUUACUACAAGCUACAUAAAGUACCAGCCGCUCAGUAUGAGUCUGCACAUUUGCGUAUUUAUAUAUACGGACGCACUGAGACCAUACGCUCGUGUUCCAAUGAAUCAUUGGCAUUCGCCAAAGCAAUGGAAGACGCUUGCGUUGAGCCAGAGGAACGUGUCGAGCUAUUGCGUACCGCUAUAAAUGCACAUCGUGCAUACACGACAGCAGCAUUACAAGGCAGAGGUGUUGAUCGACAUUUGUUGGGAUUAAAACUCAUGGCUAUUGAGAAUAAUAAACCAAUACCAGAAUUCUUUAACUCGCCUGGUUAUGUAAAGAGUUUAGUCUUUCGUGUAUCUACUUCACAAGUGGCCACACCCAAUCUUGGAUUCAUGGUGUACGGCCCAGCUGCAGACGAUGGUUACGCAUGUUGUUAUAAUCCACGCGAAAAUGAUAUAAUCUUGGCAUGCACCUGUUGGCGUGAUAAUCACACUUCAAACGUGGAUACGUUUGUGUGUACAUUGCGUGAAGCAUUGCUAGAAAUGCAACAACUAUUAGUGGGCUAUGGAAAAGCACCAGCCGCGAAGUUGUAAUGAGUGAUGAGAGAAGUAAAUUCUGAACUGGCAGUGAGAAAUGCGCUGCGCUCGAGGUUUUUUGUUUUGCAAAUAUUAAGUGCCUUCAAGUUUUUUUUUUACAAAUUUUUAUUGAAACCAUUUUCACGCAAAUAAAAAUUCAUUGUGCAACAACAAACUGGAUUUUAUGUAAGUACACAUUUUCUACUUUUAGAACGAAAUAUUUUUAGACUGUGUAGAAAGCUAGCAGAAGUUUAAAUAAUUGUGAAGCGAAUUAAUGACUUUAGUUUGAAGCACAUCAUAAAAAAUACUUUUAAAUUUAUUUAAGGUAAACAGACGCCUAUCAGAUUAUUGUAACACGGUUAUUCUAACGAUCCAUAUUAAUAUGUAAAUGUUUAAUAAAUAAAUUAUUGUUUAAUCACUUUAAAAUUGAA